AUGUCCACCAACGUCCUUCAACGAUACCUCAUAUAUCGCGGCAGUUUACUCUGCGCCUCGCGAGUACAACGUAGUUUCCAUUCGCAGUAUCGAUUCUACCCAAUUCACAACAACAACACCUAUCAAAGUGACCGCAGAUUUUCCCGCUAUCAACAGUUAUUCGCAGCGAAGGUGAAACGUUCAAAAAUGCCGAAGCUAACCGACGCUCAACGUGAAUCCCUUCUCACCCCUUUGUAUUCUAAUGGAUGGAAGUUGGUCGAGAAUCGAGACGCAAUUUAUAAAGAGUUUGUGUUCGCCAAUUUUAUUGAGGCGUUUGGUUUCAUGACGAAAGUUGCGAUUAAAUCGGAAAAAAUGGACCAUCACCCGGAAUGGUUUAAUGUUUAUAACAAGGUCAACAUUACAUUGUCAACUCAUGAUUGCGGUGGAUUGUCGAAGAAUGAUGUUGAUUUGGCAACGUUUAUCGAUGCGACAGCAAAGAAGUGA